UAAAUUCUUGUGCAUUUCCUCAUUAGGUUUCGUCAGCUACCUGUUGCGGCAAUUUAAAACAUUGACUUGUUUCAAGGAGGAAGCUGAAUCCAUCCUCUCAUUAUGGGAUGACAUGUUUCUGAGAUUAAUGGCAGUUUCUGAAGUUUAUUUUUCUACUGUCUUCUUCCCUUUAUUAGUAAUCCAAUAUCUCACUUUCAACAUGUUCAAGCAGGUUUAACACUACGCAGUUGAUUAGCAUGAUUCUACCAACACAAUCUUCGUAGUGAGUAAAUUGAAGAAAGUCCACAACCAUGUUUAGCUGCCGGAUUGCAAGGCGCGUGGCUGUACUGGUUUUAAUCGUAUCAUAUUCUUCGUUGGAUGUUGCGGCAACAACCACAAAUGACAUGCCUACAAAUGGUACUAACACUUCUCCAUCAACAAUGGAGACAACUGUCGACACAACAGAGACAAUGUCUCCUAGCCCAACGUCUGGUGUGGAGUUUUCAUCCACAGACUCCUCGACAGCAUCUACCCAAAUCAUGGCAACAUCGAAUACCACUGACGCUGGGUCCUCUACGACAUAUAACACAAUGGAUGCCACUACCGCAGAUACCACCGCUACUACAGAUUCAGGGAGUUCUACGACAGAUGGUGCCAUGAAUGCGACAACUCCUACAUCAACCACUGACGCAGAGUUCACCGCAACAGAUAACGCAACGGAUAGCGUUACCACAGAUUCAGGAAGUUCUACAACAGAUGGUACCAUGAAUGCCACAUCUCCCACUAUGACCACAGUGGACAUGAAUGCUACCACGAUGGCGCCAUUAACAACUGAAUCUGAUACUGGUUCGCCAACUGCUACGAGUGAAUUGGUUUCAACAAUGAUGAAUUCAACAACACCGGUGGGUACGACCGAGAAUGCAACUACUACUGACCCAGAGUCCACAACGAUGUCAAAUACUACAGAAAAUGUGACGUCAUCGACCAUGGACUUUACAGCAGACAAUACCUCAUCAUCGACGAUAUCGUCAACAACUAUGUCCAAUAUGUCGGACAAUGCGACGACAUACAUGGCUUCGACGAUGUCAUUGCCCAAUACGACAAUCGACACUGAAACCACUUCGAUGAUGAUAUCGACAGAAGGGCCGACGAUUACAAAUGGCUUGGAAACAGUGUCAACGACUGAACCAAUAACGAAUUCAUCGGAACCGCCAGGAGAUCCUCUGAGUCUAGGUGCUAUCAUAGGUAUAUCGGUCGGCGGUGCCGUACUUCUUCUAAUACUGCUGAUUGCAAUUAUCUGCGUGUGCUGCAAAGGACCCGCCAAAGAUCAGACACCAACCUUUAAAGAAGUCCACAGCGAAACCAGCGCAUCGAUCCCUCUUGGCCACCUCAAUGACGGAGUGGACAGUCCCGGGAAUGGUGAUAUAGGCAUCGAUCGACCGGCCUCUAUCGAGUUCACGGACGAACUCAAUCAAGAAAAGGAGAAGAAGUCUCUGGAAAAGGAACGACCGAAGUCGGGGACAACAACAGAUGAUAGCGCCCCCAUCGACAAGAAUAAAGAUGAGAUUGGGAAGCAGGAACAUGCCAAAGAGGAACACAAAGACGAGUUGGGUACUGCUAAUGCCAAGAAGGAUCCUGAUCAGAAAGAUGAAACAAUAAAUGCCCUCUCAAGUGAACCGACACGACUGGAUCCAUCUGGGCCGGUAACAUCACACACACCACAAGGUGAUACGGCACCUACCUGUCGGUCCAGUGACAGCUCGCUUGAGCCUACACCAAGAUCUACAACCAAGUCUGUUCCAGAGAAAGACCUGACUCCGAACGACCAAGCCAAGAAGGCGGCGGACCACGUGGACGGAAACCAGGAACAGAUGGCAGAUCAAAAGGACUUACCUGUCCCAGCGAAAAGAAUAUCUCUAGAGUGCAAACAGACUGAACAAGCCGAUACCCAGGAUCCCAAACAAGGCGACGAUGCUAAGUCUAAGCCAAAGCCUAAGCCGAAGCCGAAGCCCGAACCCAUCACCGUCCCUGAUCGGAAUUCGACAUCUGAGAAGGGUGACGAGGGCGAUGUGGACAAGGAAGACGAACAAGGAACAUCCUCAAGCAAUGACGCUCCAGUACCGGCGUAUAGACCAGCUGUAUCACCGAGAAAGAAGAACGUGCUCCCUCCACAGAACUCGGCAGCAGGAUUGCUAGCUAACAUCUUAAAACCAAAGUCACCUUGAACAUGUUGAACUAGGUCAUGAUCUAUGAACUUCACCACUUCGUAUGGUUCUACAGUCACGGUUGUCCAACAGUACUUUGUUUGGGAGAUUAUAUGAUGGGCAGUACUGAUUAGAAAAUCAUUCUCUGUAUCGCUACAUGGAUAUUAUAACUACUCCACAACACGCACGACUGAUUGUACCAUUUUAACAAAUUAGAAAUCCGAAAUCAUUUUAAUUAUUUCGAUGGAGUGCCUUUGCUUCUAAUCAGUCCAGUCGGUCAUGUCAGUGGUUUCAUUCAAUUUUGGACUCACAAGAUAAAAUGAGAAGUGAGGAAAGCAGUUUAUAACUGAAUCAGACUACCCUCUAAGUUAUUUAUCAUUUUGUAUUGAAUAAAACAUGAAUAGAUAAAUAAGGCGCAAAUAUAGCCCCCCCCCCCCCCGAUAGCUUUUCAAGCAUGCAGUAUAGCAGUUUCCUCACGCGUUUCAUGGCUGGUCUAUCAUGUCUACAUGCAUAUGUGGGAAACCUUGUAUGUCUUGUUUUGAUUUUGGGGUUUAUUUUGCCAAUUUUCCCACAAAUUAUUGACUUGUAUACCCAACUAUUAAGUGUUCCUUUGACUUAUCUAUUAGUUCCAACGACUUAUAUAUUAUGUAACUCUUUCUCUGGACUUGAUGUCUCUCGAUGAAACGUAGGGAGAACAAGUUUCAAGUCGAGUGCACGAUAUAUAAGUCAUAGGAUGUAGUGAGGAAUUAGGAAAUGAAACAAUUAUAAGUCGAGGGAACGAGUUGGGAAAAAAGGAAAAACAUAUCAUGUCACCUUAGAAAUGUUAGAGGCUAACGACAGCCAGUACAAUGGGACAACUGCAGUUGGCAUGGUUGGAAAAGCUUCGUCAUUUUCUCAUAAAAAUAAAGUCGUCGUUCAAAGGGGAAAGUACCUUUCGUGGGAUCAUACUUCUUUGUAUUAAACAUGUUUGGUAUUUACCGUAUUCUUUCCAGAGUGGGUUUCAUCAUGAUGGAAGAAAAUUCAAGGAAGAUUCGCUGUUCAAAUCUACGAUGUCUGUUGACCUUAUGUCAUAUUGCCUAUUGUAUGAUUCGUUGAAUAACACAAGGUGAUCAGGUGGAGGGAAUAUCUUUUAUUCUGUUUGAAGAUUUUUGGUAAGCUAUCUGGGUCGCAUUUCUUCCAUGGUCCAUAUGCCUAAAUAACAUAUUAUU